AUGACUGCUUCGUCUACAUCGAGCGCCAGCACACCUCCAUCAUCGCUUGUCAUGAACGGCAACGGUCAACCUGUGAUCAUGAACGGUGGAUCAGCCUCAUCAGCUUCAGCCAACACCGCCGUCGCCAAUGGCUCGCUCGCCAACGGCCGCCUCUCAAAUGGCGUGGAGAAGGGAAACAGUGGCAGCCAUACGGGCUCAUCUUCCGCUUCAUCAGCCACCUCCUCCUCCUCCUCCACCAAUCAGAAGCUGAAAAAGCGCCCCUCAGAUCUGUUCACGCUGGUCAUCAAGAUCAUCUUCAUUCAGCUCAUCCUCAAGCCCAUCGUCCAGCUGUACACCUACCUGACGCUGCCCUUCUACUGGCUGGCUCAGACGCCCAGCGAGACGCUGCAGAAGGCCAACUUCAUUCGCGCCACGCCGCUCGUCAAGGACGACCCCAGCUCGCCCUGGGUCAGCACCUUUCCCAGCGACUACAAGUACGUCCUCGAUGAGGUGAACACCAUCGACGAGAUGAUGGACAAGGUGCACAACUACUUCAACCUGGACCGAAAGGCGCUCGGCUACCGACGGGUGCUGCGCGAGCACGUCGUCACCGGACCGGACGGCGUUACGCCCCUCCGCAUCGACGGCCGCCCGGUGAAGAAGCGCGAACUGUCGGACUACAACUGGAUCAGCUACGAGGAGAUGAUCAAGCGGAAGAACCACAUGGCCAGCGGAUUUCACCUGAACGGAGUGAACCAGCGCGACCGCGUGGUCAUCCUCUGCGAGACCUGCGCCGAGUACCUCAUGGUGGAGCUGGCCAUCGCCCGGGCCGGAGCCGUCCAGGUGAACGUCUUCUCGACGCUGGGCGACUCGGGCAUUGCCCAUGCCGUCCAGGAGACGCAGUCCAAGUUCAUCUUCACCUCCUUUGAGCUGCUGGCGAAGACCCGGUCGAUCAUCCAGGAGUACAACCUCAACAUUGAGAAGGUCUUCUACACGCCGCGCCGCGUCGAGGAGGUCAACGACGAGGAGCAGAAGGAGUGCGACAAGCUGGUGAGCAGCCUGGGCGAGACGCAGUUCAUCUCGCUGAUUGACGUGGAGCAGGACGGCGAGGAGCGCGGCCACGAGGUCGAGGACCGCUGUAAGCCCAUCCACAAGGAUGAGAUUGCCUUUAUCAUGUACACCAGCGGCACCACCGGCGUUCCGAAAGGAGUUCAGGCGACCUCGUACCAGUUCGUGCAACUGCUGCACGCCAUACUGCCCGUGCUGGCGCACAUUAUGGGCGUCUCUGAUCAGCACAUGUACGUCGCCUACCUCCCGCAGGCGCACAUCUUUGAGGCGACCUGUGAGCUGCUGGCGCUCGCCCUCGGUGCCCCGCUCGGCUUUGCCACGCCCUUCACGCUGACCGACUCUGCGCCCGGCCUGGCCAAGGGCACCCCCUCGGACUUUCGCCUCCUCCAGCCGACCAUUAUGAUUGCCGUGCCGCUGGUGCUGGAGCGCAUGCGAAAGGAGAUCUUCAUGAAGCUCGAGUCGCGCUCUCCGAUCAGUGCUCCGCUCUUCAACUACCUGAUGGACUACAAGAUCAAGUGGACGCAAAGAGGCUUCAAGACACCCAUUGUGAACGCCCUGCUGUGCAAGAAGAUUCGCGAGCAGUUUGGCGGCCGCCUGGAGAAGGUCAUUCUCGGCGGCGCCCCCCUCUCUGCCAGUCUACAGGCGCUGAUCAAGGCCGCUCUGGACACGACGCUGGUGCAGGGCUACGGCAUGACGGAGACCCUGGGUGCCUGUCUCUGCAUGGACGACUAUGAUCUCUCCUAUGGCCGCUGUGGACGACCGCUGCGCGGCGUCUACGCCAAGCUGGACGACUGGGCGGAGGGCGGCUACCGGGUGAGCGACCAGCCGCGCCCCCGCGGCGAGCUGAUCAUCGGCAGCAAGGCCAACUCGCUGAACUACCUGGACAAGCCGGAGAUGAACGCCGAGCUGUACGAGUACGACAAGGACCUGGACAUUCGCUGGUUCAGAACGGGUGAUAUUGCCGAGGUGUACGAGGAUGGAACGUUCAAAAUUAUCGAUCGAAAGAAGGACCUGGUCAAGCUGGCAAACGGUGAAUACUUUUCGCUUGGAAAGAUUGAAUCGAUACUCAAAAACUGCAGCUACGUGGACAAUAUCUGCGUCUUUGGCAAUGCGCUCGCCAAUUACCUCGUUGCCUUAGUAGUGCCCAAUCCGAACCGCUUCGGCAAGCUGGCGAAGACGUACCGCGUGCCGCGAGCCGACGCCACCACCGACCCCCGUCUGGUGGAGCUGGUGCUGAAGUCGCUGCGCGAGACUGGUCUCAAGAAUAAUCUCAAGAAGGCGGAGAUUCCCACCAAGAUUCGCCUGGUCACCGACGAGUGGAGCCCCGACAACUACCUCACCGCCGCCAUGAAGCUCAAGAGGAGUCUGAUCAAGGCGCGCUACGAGUACGAGGUCCAGGAGCUCUUCACCGAUCCGCUGGCCAAUGCCGAAUAG